GACUCAAGUCACUCCACGACGCGAGACAUAAACACACAGAGAUGAUGUGGACAAUAUUCCUGUUUGGCUUCGCUGUCCUGCUUUAUUUUGCUCUCACACACAGAUCGAGAUCCAAGACUGAACCGCCUCUUGAUAAAGGUUUCAUCCCAUGGCUCGGCCACGCACUUGAAUUUGGAAAAGAUGCUUCUAAGUUCUUGAAUCGAAUGAAGCAGAAACAUGGCAACAUCUUCACAGUGCAUGUUGUUGGGCGUUACGUGACGGUGCUGCUGGAUCCACACUCAUAUGACGCAGUUAUCGGUGACUCUGAUUCACUGGACUUUACGCGCUACGCACAGGUUCUCAUGGACAGAAUCUUCAACCUGCAGCUCCCACAUCACCAGCCGGUGAAAGAAAAAGCAAUAAUGAAACAGCACUUUUUUGGAAUGAAUUUGACCAGCCUUAACAAUGCCAUGAGCACACACCUGAAAGCCUUACUGAAAGCUGAGAUCCCCUCGAACCGGAAAGACUGGAAAGAGGAGGGAUUGUUCAACCUCUCUUAUGGCUUCCUCUUCAAGGCUGGGUACCUGACGCUUUUUGGAGGAGAGCAGAACAACAACAGCACAGAUCCCUCAAGUGUCUACGAGGAGUACCGGAAGUUUGACGGUCUAUUAACAAAAAUGGCACGGGGCACGUUAAAAUCAGCCGAGAGGAGAACAGCACACAGCGUUCGUCACAGACUGUGUGAGCUUUUGGCUCCAGCAGGUCUGAGUGAAGAUUCAGGGUCGAGCCCUUGGCUUCACGCCUACAGACGACUGCUUCAGGAGGAGGGGGCCGAUGAGGAGAUGCAGAAAAAGGCCAUACUGAUGCAACUCUGGGCCACACAGGGUAAUGUUGGUCCUGCUGCAUUUUGGCUCCUCGGACACUUGUUGACCCAUCCUGAUGCUCUGACAGCAGUGAAGAGGGAGUUCAGCCGGAUCUCCCAGAUGGAAACGUCUGAGACUGCUCUUCUGGACAGACUUGUGAAUACCCCAGUGUUUGACAGCGCUUUGGAAGAGACGCUCAGACUCACUGCUGCCCCCUUCAUCACCAGAGAGGUACUGAAAGAAAAGACUCUCCAUAUGGCUGAUGGUCAGGAGUACCUCCUGAGAAAAGGAGACCGGGUGUGUUUAUUUCCCUUCAUCAGUCCUCAGAUGGACCCAGAGAUUUACCACGAGCCACAGAAAUUCAAGUACAAUCGCUUCCUGAAUGAAGAUGGAUCACCAAAGAUAGAUUUUUAUAAAGGAGGGAGGCAGCUGAAAUAUUACACCAUGCCAUGGGGUGCAGGGACCAAUGGCUGUGUGGGGAAACAGUUUGCCAUCAAUACCAUCAGACAGUUUGUUUACAUGCUGUUGACUAACUAUGAUUUGGAGCUGUGUGACCCAAAUGCUCAGUUGCCCGAGGUGAAUACCGGCCGUUAUGGGUUUGGGAUGCUACAACCAGAGGGAGACCUACUUGUCCGAUGUAAACCCAGGAAUGCACUCUAGGACUCUAAAAUCACACAUUUUAUGCACAUUUUAACAAAUGAAUAUUAUUUCAAACUGUCAAUAUUUCCUUUGUAUAUUUGUAUUCUAUAUUUAUAUUUUUAACUUUGUAAUUAUUUUGUUAUUUAUCAAUAAAUGUAACUAAUAUAUUCUGUA